AUGACAUCACAAGCUGUUGUUUCCUCUCUUCUUGGCUUGCUUCCACAGUUUGGUUACACGCCUUUUCGUGGAUUCCAGCCUUUUGGUUCUCCUGCACAGUUUGGUGUGCCUUUUGCUGGAUCCAGCUAUGGUACUGGUCUUCCUUUUCAACAAGGUGCUAUGUCUGCUUCUCCUGGCUAUGGUUACAAUGCUUCUGCACCUUCUGGUUUUGGAUUUGGUUUAUUUCCUCGAGCUCCAGCACAGCAUCCUCGUGCACCUCAUGCUAUGAUUGCUUCUGCACCACAGGCUAUGGUAGCAUCUGCCCCUUCCACUCUUGGCAGUUGGUUCCCUGACUCAGGAGCUACACAUCAAGUUACACAUGAUGCCUCAGUUCUUUCAGAUAGCAUGUCAGUUACUGGCAAUGAUCAAGUAUUCAUGGGACAAUUCUAGGACUCUCCUUCGUGGCUCUCUUGGUCAAGAUGGCUUAUACACCUUUGAUGGCAUGCACUCCUCAACAUUCCUCAAGGGACUUUCUUCUGCUUCUGUUCCCUCUACCUUUUCCGUGACCAAGUCUUCUCCUGCUGAUGUUAAUUCUACAGUUUCUACUUUAAAUAAUGUACCUAAUGUACCUAGCCACACAUCAUAUGAAUUGUGGCAUUCUAGACUAGGGCACCCUCAUCAUGAGGCUCUGCAAUCUGCGCUUUCCAUAUGUAAAAUACCAAUACCACAUAAAUCAAAGUUUUCAGUUUGUCAAGCUUGUUGUGUUGCUAAGUCUCAUAGAUUACCUUCCUCUUCUUCUACUACAGUUUAUACUUCUCCCUUAGAAUUAAUAUUUGCAGAUUUAUGGG